AUGGCUGACCGACCGGUAGACGAACGGACGUCUCUCAUCCAGCCAGACGAGGAGCGCACUCCUCUCCUCUCGCCAGGCGCAUCGCAGGCCGAAGAAGUAGCCUCUCCGGAGAAGAAGCGGACGUGGGGGAAGAUACUGUGGUACGCGGUCAUCACCGCGCUCGCGAUCUUCACUGCGGUGAUCUUCGUGAAAGGCUUCACCGACGCGGACGAUGUUGAGUUCGAUCUUAGAGCAGCUCUCAAGAAGGCCCUCGGCGGUGGGCUGAGCGGCGCAGCCGCGAUGGUCCUUCAAGUGCUCACACUCAUGCCGCUCCGGACAAUCAUGAACUACCAGUACCGGUACGGGACGACACUGACGCAGGCGACGAAGACGCUCUACGCCGACGGCGGCUGGACGCGCUACUACCAAGGCCUCGCCCCCGCCCUCGUCCAAGGCCCCGUCUCGCGCUUUGGCGACACCGCCGCGAACGUCGGCAUCCUCGCGAUCCUCAAGUCGAACAAGUACCUCAAGAACCUCCCCGCGCUCGGCCAGACUGUCUUCGCGUCGCUCGCCGCCGCGGCGUUCCGCAUGAUCCUCACCCCGAUCGACACCGUGAAGACGACGAUGCAGACGGACGGCCGCGCGGGCCUCCCGAUACUGCGUGCGAGGAUCAAGCGCUACGGCGUCGGCUCGCUGUGGUACGGGGCGCUCGCGACCGCGGCGGCGACGUUCGUGGGCCACUACCCAUGGUUCGGGAUGUACAACGUGCUGGACAAGAACCUGCCGCUACCGUCGAACAUCGGUGAGAAGCUCCUCCGCCAGGCGUUCAUCGGCUUCUGCGCGUCCGUCGCGUCCGACACGAUCUCGAACUCGCUCCGGGUCGUGAAAACGUACCGGCAGGUGAGCGCGACGCCGAUCGGGUAUGUCGCCGCCGCAGAGGCAGUCAUCGCGCAGGACGGACUGCGCGGGCUGUUUGGUCGUGGCCUCAAGACACGCAUCCUCGCGAACGGGCUGCAGGGGCUCAUGUUCUCUGUGCUUUGGAAACUGUUCAUGGACCUGUAUGUGGGCAUCUUUCUUGCUAGCGAACGCCGCUGA